CGCACGUUCAACGAACAAAUCCACAAGCAUGUACGGAAUGCAGAUCGCUUCACCUUGGUUGCUUAUCCGUAUGCGUUUCAGGUCCAUCUCAAUCUUAGGGAAAGCUUCGGCGGUGCGAGGAGGAUGAAGUUUCCAGCGAGAGAAGAGAAGAACCAAUCGGCCCACGAUAUGGCCUCGAUUCCUAUGCCAAGUACCAUUGGCAGAGGACUGCCUUGGCCCUUGGGGGUGCAUCGGACGGGAAAAGAACCUCAGUACGUCAAGGCAGGCAGGCCUCCUUACAGAAAGAGACACAGGCGCAUUCAGAUGGAAUUCGCGAUCUCCGAAUCAUCGGAGCCAAUGUUGUCUUCUCAGUGCUCAGCCGCCUCAGCGCUCCGAGUUUCCGAUGCGACAGCUUCCAUGCUUGAAUUGAGUCAUUCCACCGGUGCUGAUUACUGGCAGAUAUAUGGAGGUGGCAUGCAUUUGUACAGUAACAGCAAGGGACGUCUCCAGCCGGGUCUCAUUACGAUCUCUCAUACAUGGCGCCUCCUGCCAACCUUCAAAACCUGACAGCUGCACAAGUUCAGCGCUGUCCCACACUGCUUGUGUCGGCGUUCAAAGUAGCAAAUGAUCCCGACGAGGACGAUGAGCACGCCGCAGAAGCCACGAAAAACGCUUUGGAUUCAAAAGUGAAGAUAUGGUGAUUCCGGGAGGCACGUCGCAUCCGACACCGCUCGACAGGACGACUGAGGCCGCUGCAGACAUCUCUCCCAC